AUGGGAAAUUUUAUAAACAAUAAAGAAGUAAUCAAAAGAAAUUCUAAAGAAAGUAAAAUAAAAUAAUUAAAUUUCUAGUUGCAUAUAGUUAAGUCUAAGAAUCUCCUAAUAUUGUAAUUAAGUAAUCUAAAAUCGCAAAUGUGGAGAUAAUAAAAUUGAGUAUGUAAAUAGAUGAAGUUGAGUUGAUUUAUGAUUCGGUUGAUAAAAUAUAAGUCGAUAUAAGAUAUAGUAGUUAAGUUAACUUUUUGUUAUCUGUCUAUACAUUUAUAGAAGAGUCUAAAUAACAUAGGUUUUAAUUUUACUAAUUCUUUUAAGAUUUGAAAGAACCAUGUUAGAGAGUACAAUUUAGAAGUUCAAAUGUCCAAAAGGAUUGAAUCAUCAAAUUCCAUCGAAAUAUAUUGAAUUUAUGAUUAUAGAUUUGAUCAAAUUUAGUAGAAUAAGAGCAACUCCUGAAAAAUAAUAUCACAAUUUAAUAUUAGAAAUGGUAAGUAUAUUUUUAAUUUAGGUAGAAAAGUCUAACAUCUAAAAGUUCUUAGAUUAUUUAUUUUUAUAAAAUAGAUUGUAAUUAAUAGACCUUUCGAUGCGAAUUAAUAAAUACUAAAUAACUUAUAGUUUACAAAAAUUGUAUUUAUGAAAUUCAUGAAUUAUAUGGUAUCAAAAAUACUCCCUUUAAUCCACAAUGGAAUCCAAAUACUGUAGAAGAUAAAGAAUGUGUCAUAUGCUUUUGCAAUAUGAUUAACACUAUUCUUUUACCUUGUAAACAUAUGUGUACUUGUUCAAACUGUGCUGAUUAUAUACUUCUGAAAUAAAAAGUAAAACAAUGUCCCUUGUGCAGAAUAGAUAUUGAUAAUUACUUAACUUUGGAAAUUAAAGAUAAAGAAAAGUAAGAUUUAUAAUUACGAUAAUUUUAAGAAGAGUAAUAAAAAUACCUAGAAGUUAAUAAAGAGAAAAAGGAAUAGUAAGCUAUCAAAUAAAGUUAGAUAAUGGAAUAAUUACAAUCUAAAAUACAUUAAGAUUAGAUUAAAAAAUUAAAUUUUAUCAAUGAUAUAAAAGAUUUUCAGAGGAAUAAUUCAAAUGAAGAAAACCAAAGUGAUUAAAUUGAAAAAAUAAAAAAAUUUAGAGAGCAAGAUAAUAACAAUGAGUCUAUGUAACUUAGCUAAGAUGAUCAGUAAAAGUAUUAAUCAAAAUAAAGAAUCAGUAACUAUGAUUUUUUAAAAUAAGAAAGAAGAAUUUUAAAUAGUUUUUAGUAAGAAAAAUAAAACAAUUCACAAUAAGAAUCUAAUGAAAGCGAGAUUUCACAAAAUCAUCCUUAUAUUUAGUCAUUAAAAAACUUUGAAAGUUACUAGAUUUCUAAACAACAAUAUUAGUGUAUAUUUGGAACUAAUAAAGCAUAUCCUACUGUACCUAAUUAUUUUAAGGAAAGCUAAAAUAUAUAUUAAUUAAUGGCUUAUAUUGAUAAUUAUGAUAUGAAUGAUUAAAGUAAUUUAUACAUUUAAUAAAUUUAAAAUUAAUAGAAAGACUUAGAAGAAUAAUUUCAAAUGUAAUCAUAAGAAUUUAAAUUUUAUUAAUAAUAAUAACAUUCACAACAAUAAUUGGUGAAAUAUAAAAAUUAAUAGAUAUAAUUUUGUUAAUUACAAUAAUAUAAUAUUAAAUAAGGUGACGAAAUCAUAAAAUAGUUUGAAUUAAAUGUUAUGAUUCAAUAAUUUAAUAUAGAAAAUGAUUAUAAAAGAAUCUAAGAAGCUUAAAACAAAUAAGUUUUAGAAGAAUUUACUAAAGGUUUAUUUGCAACAAGGAAUUAAUUUGAUGAUGUAGUCUUAAAAAAUAAAAUUGAGAUAGAAGAAGCAUAAAAAUAAUGUCAAGAUGAUAAUGAUUGUAGGUUAGUUUAGGAAGAUAUUAAUAGAGAACAAAUAAAGGAAUUUACUAGUAGUUCAGAACAAUAUUUACAGAAAGUAGUUUAGGAAAAGAAUGA